UGACUGAUAGUAACCGAAGCUUCCAUCGAGGUUCCCUCCUGAGACCAGACCCGAACAAGUUUGACGUCCCAAGUCUGCAUCAUUUGAACUCAAAGGGUAUGUUUACGGCACGCCUCCAAACUCUAAACCGCGAGACACUCAAUUGACCCCCUAUCUUAACAGCAAACACAACCAUCACCAUCACAAUGUCUUCCACUCUUCUUCGCACCGUCCCCGCGCUCCGUGGAGCUCUCCGGGCUUCGGCUGUCAAGCCUGCUGCUGCUCUCGCCAGCACCAGUUUCGUUCGCGGCAAGGCCACUCUCCCAGAUCUUCCGUAUGACUACAAUGCGCUCGAGCCUUACAUCUCCUCCAAGAUCAUGGAGCUCCACCACAAGAAGCACCACCAAACAUAUGUGACCGGCCUUAACACGGCGCUGGAAAAUAUCGCAAAGGCCGAGGAGAAGGGUGACUUCACCAAGGCUGCCUCGAUUGCGCCUCUUCUCAACUUCCACGGUGGUGGUCACGUCAACCACUCUCUUUUCUGGGAGAACCUUGCCCCUGCCAGCAGGGAGGGCGGCGGUGAGCCUAAGGGAGACCUCAAGCAAGCCAUUGAGGACGACUUUGGCAGCUUUGAGGACUUCCGAAAGCAGAUGAACACCACUCUGGCUGGCAUCCAGGGCAGCGGCUGGGCGUGGCUCGUCAAGGACAAGGAGAGCGACACUCUGAGCAUCGUCACCCGCGCCAACCAGGAUCCCGUUACCGGCGCCUUUGUGCCUCUUCUGGGCAUUGACGCCUGGGAGCACGCGUACUACCUCCAGUAUGAGAACCGCAAGGCCGAGUACUUUGAUGCCAUCUGGAACAUCAUCAACUGGAAGACGGUUGCCAAGAGAUAUGACUAAAGGAGCGGGAGAAGGAGGCAGAAGAAAUGUGUAUUAUGUAAAUGAGAGCGUAUUGCGUAUGUAGGAUGGGGGUUCUUUUAUUGAAUACCAUUGACGUCUUACCUGUUAGUCCAGCCUCUACACUGAUCAUCGAUCAAUGUCAAAUGUUCUGUAGGAUUCGAUUCG